UGUCCUUGCAGAAGGCGAGCCUAUUACUGCGUCGGAUUUCCCCUCCCAGUUAAACAUGCCCCAGCCCGCAGCAAUGCCUGCCCUGCGCAGCACUGAAGCUGUGGCGGGCAGCAGAGAGGCGUUUCUAUCGGACACGACAGAUGUGGCAAAGCUGAGCCCUGCAAUCACGCCGGAACUCACGAUACCUUGCGUGCGAUUCCUCUGCUGGACACGGCUGGCCCCUCCCCGGUGUGCGACUCCAGCACCUGUCUCGCACUCCGUACCUGUACGGGCCUCCGCUGGCCCAAGUAGACGCGAUUCCCAGCUACCGGGGUCCUCGGUGGAUGCCCAGAUGCUGGCUACUCUGAGUUUGUACAAGUUCGCUCCAAGCAAGCGGGACGAGCUGAAGCCUGGAGAUUUGAAGCCAGCCGCACAGGAAUUUGACGCCCUCGCACCCAUGCCGCAAGGUGGACGAUGGUCUCCGUACCGUGCCAUCACAGUGCGCGUCUCUGGUACUUGGCUCAACGCGUAGA